AUGCGGAUGCGCGCCGGGAAAAACAACAGCCUGCAGAUCCAGCUCGAGGACUCCCAGAUCCGGUGGGCGAGCGUCACGGGCCGUCCCGACCUCGGGGACGCUUCGCUCGCGUUGGUGGACGCGCAGGAGGAGAACCUCGAGGCCAUGAAAUGGACCCUGCAGGGCAAGGAUCUCAAGGAGGGGCGCGGCGGCGGUCAGAUCAACCAGCCGGGCACCUACCGCAGCGUCUGUUUGGAGCUCAACCUGCGGACGAAGCUCUGCAUCUGCGCUCUGCAGCACGCACGCUGGCUCAGCGACAUGGAGGGCGGCGAGCUGUCGCGGAAAAUGAUCCGGAAGGUCCAGGCGGGCGCGGACGGCGCGCAGUCGCGCAACCUGGACCACACUUCGGAGGUGUCGCUCACCAGCUUCGAGUCGCUCGUCAGCCUGGUGCAGGAGAUCGCGGCAGUCCGCGAGUCGAAGGAGAAGGACAUAGUCGCGCUCUACCAGGACCCAGAGUGGGUAGCCCAGGGCCCCACCGCGAGGGAGGCGGCCAAAGAGGCGGGCCUGUCCCCCGACGUCUGCGGGGAGGACGACUCGGAGUUCGUGAAGGCGAUGCAGGCUGCCGGGCACGCGGACGCGCGCCUGGCUGGCAGGCUCGAGGAGCUGCGCGCCGAGCACGACGCGCAGAGCACGCUCCUCGAUGGGCUGUACAGCUGGCUCGCCUCGCCGCUGUCGCUGCUCUACGACCCGGCCCUGCUGCGCAAGGUCCACCAGUACAUGGACAGGGUAUUGCAGCUGUUCCUGGGCACGCUGAAGAGGAACGGCUGUCAGGUGAUCCACGCCUCGUACAGCAAGGUGCUGUUCGCCACCGGGAAGCUGCAGGUGCUCCCAGACGUGCAGAACUUCUGGGCGGCCUUGUGCGAGAACGUGAACGAGUCCCGAGCGCUCCAGCCGCUCGCUCUGAACGACCCCAAACGCGUCACGAAUUACUUCUACGGCAUGAUGUGGAUGGACCCUGCCAACUGGGCAGGCGCGAGCUCCAUGCCAGCAAGUGUUGCCAUCCAGCAUCCAGAGCGCCUGCGCCGCUGGGCCCCCAUCGCUGCCCCAGGGCUCGUCGUGGACCUGCAGGUCGCAGGCGCCCCUGCCUCUGCCGGCGCCGCCAAGCGCCGCCCCUCGGGCCCCCGGCCGCAAAAGGCUAAGGCUUCGCGCCGAGAAUUACCUGCAGGCGAUGAGGACGAGGCAAAGAAGUUCGCGGAUGUUGACGCGGAGAAGUUCGGGGCGGCGGUCGCGAGGAGCCAUGGCGGGGCCCUGCAGGGCUGGGGGGAAGUCGCGGCGCAGGAUGCGCUGGGCGACCCUGCCUCUGGAUUGGGGAACGCGUCCAAGAAGGCCAUCAAGAUUGCGAUCAGGACGCGGCCAGCGCAGGAAGAUUGCCGGCGGCUCUUGUCGAAGAGCCGCGACAACGCCGCUCGCGAGCGACGCCCCCGCGAUUGGGUCGUCGAGCACUUGGCCGCCGGAGGGCGCGCCGAGUGGCCCCUGGAGAAACGGGGCAGCAAGCUUAAUGCCAGCGCGACGAACUUGCCACUCACCGCGGCGCAGCGGGGCUGGACGGGCGAGAAGUGA